UGAUUCAUCCCAAACGUGCGCAUUAUCAUUCAAUUCGGUCCUGGAAUAAUCGUAAAUAAUACAGAAAUGGAAAAGUGUCGUGAGUUUUUAGAUUACUUCAAAGAUCACGUUGAUCCAAAAGAUCAAUUACCAAUCCCAGUCGCCCGCUACAACAUAUUUCCGCAUGAGAUUCCUGCAGAAGUGGCUUACUGGGCACAUCAAUAUCUGGUCCCGAUGAACUGCCCUCAAAUUUUAUUGUGUCCCAUCAUCAACACAGUGAUACGUGAAACUCAAAAAAGUUGUACAAAGUCCCCGAAGGAUUGUGGCUUUGAUGGAUGCGGUGAAUAUACAUCGUUCAAUCCAUUGAAGCUCAGCUCAACGGUCAUCACACACAUAAAUCUUUUAUGUGAACGUUUACUGGACAACGCUGAACUUAAUGAAAUUCUCAAUGAAAAAUCGUGUACUCUUGUAUAUAAGGCACCCUUACAUUUAGCAAAAGCGAUAAAAAACACCAGACGAACAAUGGAAGAUCGGCAUGUAUGUUUCAGCAAUUAUCAUGAAUUAUUUGACAUGAACGAGGACGAACCUACUAGUUUUUAUGGCAUAUUCGAUGGACACGGAGGUCAAGAUGCUGCGGUUUAUGCAGCUGCUCAUUUAUGUAAUCAUUUAGCCAAAAGUCCAGACUAUCCUAAAAAUAUUCAUGCAGCUAUGCAACAAGCUUUUGUCAACACGGAUUAUAGUGUGGUUGGCCGAGCUUACAGUAAUAAUAUGUACAGUGGAACAACUGCUGUAGUAUGUCUUUAUCGAGCAAAGGAAAGUGAUCUUCAUAUCAGUUGGGUUGGUGAUUCUCAAGCUCUUUUGGUGUCCGAGGGAAGAGUAUGUCAAAUAGUCACUCCCCACGUCGCUUCAAUGGAAAGCGAACGCAACCGUAUCCGUGGAAUGGGCGGAAAAGUUGUCAAUUGGCAAGGGUCUUAUCGUGUUCUGGGUACUUUAGCGCUUACAAGAGCAAUUGGUAUGUACAAACAACUAACGUUUGCUUCCGUUGUUGCGGCGGGAGCAGCUCUGGAAACACGUAGAACCAGGAACUCUCCCACAACCGAUGACCGAAGCGUGGAAGCACGGCGACGAGCGAACAUUGGCCACGAUUCAGCUAAUGCUGAAUGA